GACAGAAAGGAAAAGCCUUUCUGAGUUCCAGCUGAGUUACAGGGCGCUGCGAUGACAGAUUACUGCUGUACUGGUACCAAAGGACCAACUGGAAGGAGGGAAAUGGAGUUAAGUUAACCAUUACCAGACCGACUCGCACCAUUCCUGUUUGUAAAGUGGACAUUUGGUAAAUAUUUGGUGUUGUUGCGCCACCGGGGACAAAGUUGGCGCAUGGAGAGGGACGAAGUUUCAUUUUUGCGCAGCGUCUUUUCUUUGUUUUCUUUGUUUUCGUCGCCUGUGUGUGUCAACCAGCGUCGCACGGCUCUCCGGACAACAAAAGUCAAGUAGCCAAGUAGUUCAGUUUGAAUCCUUUUCUGUUGCUGGAAGGUUUUAAGUUGAGGAAGGGGGCGCAGAGAACGUGACAACUUGAGGACGCAUCACGUCGGGUGAGAUGGUGGACAGCAAACCUCUUCUCCAGGACAGACCUCCCGCCUACAACGCCGUCCCAGGGGCUUAUGAGUACGGCCCGCAACCGCAGCACAGCUAUGGGGCCAUCCCCGCGCCGGCCCCGCCGCCAUACCAGUACCCAGACGGCCAAGGGUACCCAUCAGCCCAAAUUCCCCCUGCCAUAGCCCAGCAGCCGUACCCUGGGACGUACACCAUCAUACAACCGUCUGUAGUGGUGGUGGGAGGCUGCCCUGCCUGCAGAGUCGGCGUCCUGGAGGAUGACUUCACCUGCCUGGGGAUCCUGUGUGCCAUCUUCUUCUUCCCCCUGGGCCUCCUCUUCUGCUUCGCACUGCGUCAGAGAAGGUGUCCCAACUGUGGCGCCACCUUCGGCUAGAGGGACCAAAACCACAGCUCAUGCACCUGCUCCCAUGCACACACACACACACACACACGCACACACACACACACACACACACGAAAUCCAUCAUUUUUGUGUCUUUUAUUUUGUUAUCAUUUCUUAAUAUUGCACAUUGCUGUUGCCAUUACGUUAUGUACAACAAAUGAUCAAGAUGAUAUUACCAUGAAUUAUGAUGUUUUAUUAGAGGCACACGUAGAAAUCUAUUUUCAUCUGCUAGUUGAGGAUUUAUUCUAGCACAUGUACGUGUCCAGUUGUUGUCAGUGCCUUCACGACAUGCUGAGUGAUCAUCAGAGAUUCCAUCAGUCAUGAUUUCUCCUGUAGACUUAGCUCAGUUAUCUGCGGAUCUGAGCAGAUUCCUUAAUGUUUUUUUUUUUUUCAAGCCAGAUUUGACUGAGACACUUGUGCUUGAGUUUUUAUUCCCCUUUUGUCUUCGCUGGCACACUGCAUACAUAAUUUUGUGCUUGGUAACAUUGUACUCAACACAGCAUCCAUGUAGAUCACUGAUGUAUUAGCUUCAUAAAUGUAAACCUUUUUUUUGGCUCAGUGUGUCGCUGGGAAUAACACACACAAGAUCUUUAAAAAAAAAAAAAAUGACAUGUAAAGAUCCUCGGAGGUGAGCUGUCCCGGCUGAAACAACAGACUCGUCCCAGACAGAAAGCCUGCGCCAUUUUUGUCUGUUUUUGUGGAUAUUAUUUCUUGGGGCCAUAUUUGCACUGACAGUUUGUUUGAUGAUUAUUCUGCUGGGUUGUGCUUUUUCCAGGGCCAAUGCAGACCUCAGGUACAUACAAUCUGAAAACGCCCUCGACUUUACAACCUCAAUCACUGUUUGACUUCAUGAGGACUCUUUAUGUCAAAGUGCAGACUCCUCCUUUUAACACGUGGAGUUUUCACUUCAUGGAAGCAUGCUGGGAGGAAAAGCUGGAAAAAAAACAAAUCUCUCAAUAAUGUGUAUAAUCUAUGGAUUUUUAUCUUAGUACUCCGUGACAAGUCACCCUGCCCCAUUCCUCCCAAACCAGACAAUCAAUGGAGAAUGUCUACGUCCCUGUAUCUGCAGUAUCUGUGUCUACGUCUUCCAUCACAGCAAGAUGUUAUAUAACUGUCCAUGGCAGAAGAAAAGAGAGAGAACUGGGUGGGAGUGAUUUUAAAACAAAUCUUGCUUUAGAAAACACACUACGCACGCUCUUAUGAUUGAGGUUCUUACUUUUUAUAUAUGAGUUACUGUAAUUAAAAAUGAAUGCUACUUA